GAUAGGAGGCGCUCUUCAUCCUGUGUUUUGCCAACUCAUCUCACAAAACUCAAGUAACCAAAUUCAAAUCAACCAUGGGAAGCUCCACGACCUUCCUCUGUACCUUCUUCCUCGCCUGUGCGAUCCUCACCGUCCACGUCGCACAAUCCUCGCCGUCCACUAUGGACUUCACCGGCGACCUCGGCACCUUCUUCCUCCCUCUCAAGUCCGGUUGUCGCGGAUCCGUCGCGGAGUGCGGCCUCCUCGUCGGCGAAGACGACGACGCCGAGUUUCUGAUGGACUCCGAGACCAGCCGGCGCAUUCUCGCGGGAAGGACCUACAUAAGCUACGGUGCGCUGAGGAGGAACACCGUCCCUUGCUCGCGACGCGGCGCUUCCUAUUACAAUUGCCGGCCCGGCGCUCAGGCCAACCCCUACAGUCGCGGAUGCAGUGCCAUCACCCGAUGCAGGCGUUGAGAAAAGGCUAUUAUUCUUCUCAUUUUAUUUUAAUUUUUAAUUUUUGUAAUUGAUGAAAAUCAUUGUUGUGAUAAUGUCAAGCUACCACAUAUAUACAAGUAGAGAAGAGAAAGAGAAGUAGACAUGAAUAAAAUCUAAUCGCCGCCGUUUGUAUCUGUAUUGUAAUUUAAUUUAAUCUUAGGUACACAUAUUAUCAUUAUUAAUUAUUAAUAGUGGUUGCGAUUUGGAUGUGUGAAAA